CUCCCCCCCCGCGCGCAAACCCCUUAAACGGGUUAACCCGUGUUAAGAGACACGUGUGAACGCAGCCCCCUGCUGCAAAAAAACAACUGGAGGGACGUGGGGAGUGAAAACUGGCACGAAUGGGCUCCUCUUCCAGGGACUUUGGAGGGGUUUGGAUGCUCUCGGGAGACCCCAUGCUUUCAGCCCCCUCUUUUUUCCUCCCCAUCUCUCCCAUCCCGUGACAACAACCCUGCGAGGAAGACGACCCUUAAAAGCGGCCCUGGAUCUGUGAAAGGGGGAAAUCGGCAGCUGGAUUUUUGCACCCCCAAAGACGGGGAUCCUGAGUGCGCCCUGAUAAAAGAACCAGAUUUGAAGACUCCGUUGCACGUCUGGGGAUCGGUGCACACAAAAUAUACCAUUGGUCCCAACAUUGAAAAUAUACGGAAUCCUUUUGAUCUCUCAGAGUUUUUGUUAACCUGUCAGCUUCCGCAUAUUCGAUAAUUUUUCCCCAAAUCAAAUCUUCAGCCGGAAGGGAGAAGAAUGCCAUUGGUCAGCGGGCUGGUUCCCUCUCGAUUUCUGGUCCUAACGGCUCAUCUGGUCAUUGUCAUCACCAUCUUCUGGUCCAGGGAAAACAAUGUCCGUGCUUCCCUCCCUCUUCAGUGUACGCCGGAAGAAUAUAACCGCCGAGACACCGAGAUGGUGGUGGCCUUGUCCGUAACCCUCGGGCUGUUUGUGGUAGAGCUGGCCGGCUUCCUUUCCGGGGUGUCCAUGUUCAACAACUUGCAAAGUCUGCUUUCGUUGGCCGCCCACUGCAGUGCUUCCGUCUGCCUCUCCUUCUUCGUCUUUGAGCGCUGGGAGACAGUCACGUACUGGUACAUCCUGGGCUUUUGCAGUGCCUUACCUGCUGCUGUCGAGAUCUGCCUUUUCAUCUCCGUCUUUGGACUCAAGAAGAAGCCGUUGUGAAAAGGAGGACGAGGGCGACAACUCCUGGCCAAAAAGAGACUUCUCGUUCGGAUGAUCCCAGGGCAGGGAGAGCUCGAACAGAGCAUGAGACGGAGGUCAAAUGUUCUUUCAUUUAGGACUAUUGGCUGUUUCUGGUUUUCAGCUCCAUCUUUGCUCACCCCUCAAUGGACCAAAAAAACAAAAAAAACAAACAGCUGGAUCUUCUGCAGAGCUCGGGCUCCUUCAGGGCAAACUCCUAGUAUUGUAUCUGUGAUGGCACUCCGAUAUUUCAUCAAGGGCAGUAUUUACCAACCUUGGCAGCUUUAAGAUGGGAGCUUCUUGAACGAGAAGCGAAACGUCUUCAAAGAAAAACAAGGAAGUCCAGUUUCCUCUUGACAAGGUACUUUUUGGGACUUUAAGAUGGAUGGACUUUCCUUCCUUCCUUCCUUCCUACCUACCUACCUUCUACAAACCGGCUGAGGAAUUCUGGGAGUUGAAGUCCACAAGUCUUCUACACCCCCGUUUUAACCUGAAAUCUGAAUCGGUUAAGAAGGCGAUAUUGUGUUUCCCAGAAACAUCUCACGUGCCAUGAUACAGCUUUUUCUGUGGUAGAGCUGACAUCCUCCCCUUCAAAACUACACAACCUGAAAUUGGGGUGCGAAAGCAAGGAUUAAAAAGUGGAGGGAAAUGCCAUCUCCUCCCUUCGUUUUGCCAGAAAAAUUAAAAAAAUAAUCCCCUGGGGAUCUUGAUUUCAUUUUCCCUUGUUGCAUCCAAAACAAUUUCACAUACACACACGAUAUAUAUACAGUAUAUCAGCAAAAUAUAAAUCGUAUAAAGUGGUUUGUCGUGAUUUACCGACAAACCUAGAUUUACCCAGAAUUUCAAUGAUUAAGCAAGGCUGUUGUUAACGAGAGCUGUAUUGGGGGUUUUUCAUCACCGUCGUUAAGGAAAUCACUGAAUCAUGUGGUCGUUAAGUGAAUCCCAGGGACUUUGCUUGUCAGAAGCUGGCUGGGAAGAUCACAGAUGGCAAUCACGUGACCCUUGGACGUUGCAAACGGUCGUAAAUCCAUGCUGGUUGCCGAGGAUCCAAAUUUUUGAUCACAUGCUUGAUUGCCGAGGACCCAAAUUUUUGAUCACAUGUGUCAGGUUUCGAGGUCGUCUCAAAUAAAUUGCAUUUCAAACAAA